AAAGCUUUUUUUUCUCACCUGAGCUUGAGGCCAUCAUCCCUUGAAAAAAAAAAAAAACUCAAAAUUAUGGCUAAGGUUUGCCGGAAAAUCUCCCGUGUCACCCUUACUGAUCGGGUUGAACACCGCAUUUCCGGUCUCCGGCGACGCAUUCUCCGCCUUCUCCAGCACUUCUUCCUCUGUUCCGGAGGGAAGCCUUCCAAGUAUCUCAUGCUCCCACAUUUUGCCGAGCCUCCUUCCGCCGGCGGGGUUAUUCAUGACGAAUCGGGGCAGGGCUCGCUAUCUCAAUUUCACACGCCUGAUUCGGACUCCGAUUUGGUUGCUCUCAAGAUCAGCCUCCUGGGGGACUGCCAAAUAGGAAAGACCAGUUUUCUGGUGAAAUACACAGGGAGUGAACAUGAACAGGGAAGCCAGGCGAAGAAGGGAUUGAAUCAGAGGGACAAAACUUUAGUCGUGGAAGGGGCACGUAUAUCGUAUUGUAUCUGGGAAGUAGAAGGUGGUGGAAGGUCACAGGACCAGAUUCCAUUGGCUUGUAAGGACUCCGUGGCAAUCUUGUACAUGUUUGAUCUAACAAGCCGUUGUACGUUAAACAGUGUGAUUGGGUGGUACAAAGAAGCCAGGAAAUGGAAUCAGACUGCAAUUCCAGUGAUGAUAGGAACCAAGUUUGAUGAUUUCAUUCAACUUCCCAUAGAUUUGCAAUGGACCAUCGCCAGUGAGGCAAGAAGAUACGCAAAGGCCAUGAACGCAACACUCUUCUUUUCCAGCGCUGCCUACAACAUCAACGUGAACAAGAUCUUCAAGUUCAUCACAGCCAAACUGUUCGACCUGCCAUGGACACUGGAACGAAAUCUAACUGUUGGUGAGCCCAUCAUAGAUUUCUAGUCUGUACGUACAAAUGUGGUUCAAUCUGUAUGUAUUUUCUGCUCAAGUCGUCAAAGCCAACCGGCCACGAGAAGCCCACGCAUCUCUCUCGCGGCAUUCGAGUUGUUUAGUUUUCCGUGAAGUAGACCAGAAAUAAGGCAAGUUAACCCCAUCAUCACUUUUGUCCAUUACUCAACUUUCACUGCCCGGUUAGGGAAUCAAUCAAAUAAAAUAAAAUCAUCACAGGCUCACACAGUUUUCUUCGCAAAAUCUAAUAUCACCGAGAAACAACUGCUAAUGCAGAAUCUGGACUAACUAAACAUGAAGAAUGGCAAUGUGUGUUUUGGAACUUCAUUGGUCUCAUCAAGUGUCUGAGAGUUUAUCUUCAUGUUAGCAGAAGUUGACAUUUAUGGACCACAAGAAAGCAUCCAUUUACAAAUUCUGUUUCUGAAUGCAUCCGUCCCUGCACAAUCCUUAUUGCAAACAGGCAUAUGGCUCUGCAGAAAUCUUCACUGUAAUAUCCCGCAAAGUCACGAGCAGUGCAAAAAAUUAAAAAUUCUCGACGAUUCAGAGAGGAGAAAAUAUAUGGACCCUGGACAUGGAUAGAUAAAUAUCGGUUGUCUAAGCUAAAAGCGGAGGACAAUCUCUGUGUAAAGGCAAAUAAUUAUUCUGAUCUCAGAUCACUUGAUAUGUACUACUGUUGAGUUGUUAAUGAAGCAACUGGCCAGAAGCUGGCGCCACGAAAGGGUUUUUAAUUUCAAA